AUGCUUAAAAAAACGCUCCCACUCAGCUGCUCCUCGUCUCCUCCAUGUCGUUAUCCACAAAAAUUCCCCAAAUCACGCCGCACCCCGCGUGAAGGCCAAGACGACCCGCUGCCGCACCUCGCCGCCGGUGGCUCCCAAAGAGCGCCGUUCCGGCCGAGCGCCCUCGCCCCUCUGCUUGCUGCUCGAGCUGCAGGGGCGCCUGCUUCGCCGGCGGCGGUUCCGCAACAGCGUGCUGUCCGAAGCACAGUGGCGGUCCCUUCCCCCGCUGCUCCCACGGCGCGGCUUCUUCCUCCAGCCGUUCUGCGGGGGCCCAGGCGGUGCUUGAGGAUGCACGCGGUGCAGGGGAGAAGUCGGGAGUGGUCGCGCGAGAGGAGAAGGAUCGGGUCUCGGUGGUUCUUCAGCAGGCGCGUGCAAAGGGGAACACGCGUGCAAAGAGGGCAGCAGGGGGUUGGCUCGAUCGAUGCUUUGGGAGUUGGGGCCAAGCCGGGAGCACUGGCAAGUCUAAACUCUGCGCAUUCGUCAGGUGAUGGAUAGAUACUGCAAAUUCUGAGCACAGUUGGUGACGGGACGGUGGCCAGUUGGGGACAGGUUGAGGAUGAGCGACGUUGUCCCCGUCGUCGACGAGCAAAUCCGAUGCCUGUGGUGGAAGAAUGGAGGUAAGAGGGAGAGGCGGAGGAGCGGUGUGGUAGCUGGUGCGAUGCGGCGGCGCUGUAACGCCUCGUACGAUAUGUCGAUAUGGUAGCCGGAUGGACCGUCUGAGGUGGUACAGGGGAGUGGAUGCACUUACUUCAAUUGGCAACAGCUAGCCGGAAGCGAUCUGUGCCGUGCUUCGGCUAUCGCCGUCCUGCUUCUCCCCGCCGUGUAACGCGGCCAGCUAGAACCGAGAAGACGAUCAGAUUGAGUCACAUAUGCCCCGGGAAGAAAUAACUAACCUACAGAUAUAGUCUCUCUAAAAAAAAACUACAGAUAUAGUCACACACGCCCAGGCGUGUAGUCCAAGAAUAUGAUAUCAUGAUUUGUAUAGCGUCCAAAGUCUUUCCUAAUGGCAACAUAUAGUCCAAGGAUAUGAUAGCACGAUUUGCAUAGCGUCCGUACUCUUUCCUAAUGCCGGUUCUGACUCCUGUAAUAAUCCUUUUGGCAUCGACAGAUCGACUCUCCUGUCUUAUUUUUA